UGUCCCCAUCUCAUUGUGCCCGGUGUGGGGGGUGAGAUCCGGCAGCUCGAGCCGCAGGAUCAUGUCUUCAAAGGAGGACUGGGACGGGACUGCCCUGGAGCCGCUCAGCCAUGUGCAAGAUGUAUCUCGUGCGUGGGACAGCCUUUUAGAAGCUAAAAAUGUGUUACAGAGAAUAGAGAACAAGGUUGAUGUGCAGAAUCAACGUCGUAGACGGGCUCAGAAGGCACGCCGGAGGUUACAGCUUGAAAAUAAUUCCUUUUCUGGUCUGGAUUCCUGUCCUUCAACCGUCGAUGAUUCUUCCCAUCCAGAGAGACAGGAGAUCUAUCAGAGGAAACCUGACGAGACCUUCACGCUGCACAGUGAAGCCAAUUUUUUAUCCAAGAUGGAUAUACCUUGGGAUCUCUCGAGUAGAACAAGGCCUACACCAUUUCUGCAAGAAGAUAAACCAUCUGUAGAUAGUUUUCAUCGAUACAAUGUGGGUGAAAAUGUGUUGGCGAAGUCAAGCCAGGAAAAUUUCAGUUACGGCCAAGUGAUGGCUUUAAGAGGUUCCACAGAAGAGUAUGUAGACCAUGUCCUUGAGCCUUCCAGUCUGGGUCUCCAAACAAACAUUGCAGAAGACGAGAUGGAAGAAGUAGUCAAUCCCUAUCCAGCUGAGACCUUUCCACCUUCUGGAACGUAUAUUAGGCCAAGUUUGUCCCAAGAGAACAUCACCUCCUCGCCUUCUACGAAGGUUGACCUCUACGUGGAGAAGCUUGAACACCUGAAGAGUAAAUCACCCAAAAGCAAACUUGAAAAACUCAAAGAAAAGAUCCAGGAACAAAAAAGACGCCAAGAUCUUUCCAAGAGGAAUUCAACAAAACCUCAUCAGAAACCAGAACCCCAUGGCAAACCUCCCAUGAAAAGGAAAAUUUGCAAAGUGACCUUUGGUCCUCCAGCCCGCUGUCACAAAGGGUUUAGCACUGGAGAUGCAGAAUCAGUCCCCAUCAAUAGUGAAGAAAAGGCUAUAAAAAGAGAGAAAGAAAAUUUGAAGACGUUCCCCAAGAAUCAAGGAGAUGUUGCCUUCAGAUGUUCCAGAGGGAAACUAAAAAGCAAGAGUCCGGUUACCAGAAAACUCUCCUUUCAAUCGCCAUCUCCGGAGAGGAACGCAAAACCUUCCGGUCUUUAUGGAGCUUCAGCAUGGAGAGAAGGACAGAGACUCGUCCAGAAGAUAUUAGGGCCGUCACCGGUCACAUUGUUGAAACAUUAUUCACCUAAGGCAGAUAACCCAAAAUCUAUGCAGACGGGAAGCUGCAGAAGAUGCCAGAAGAUGGGAUCACCCAAGCAGCAGCCCAACAGCGAUAAGUUUGUGAAAGGAAGAAUAGAUAGUUGCCAGGUCAGAGCUGAAGGACAUCAGUCAAGACCUGGAUGUGAAAUGUCUGGUAAAGAUGGAGAGAAACCAGGAAAUAGUAAUAGAUCAAAGAGUUUUUCUCCAAAAAGACCCCAUGCCGCCACCAACAACAUGGAGAAGAGGCCCCUUGGAAAGGAAAACGUCGGGGACAACCAUGAGGUUCAACCCAAUGGUGACAAAAGACGAAAUUACAGCGUGGAGCAAAUCCGAGACUUCAUGAAGAAGAAGGCGGUGGAAAGACAGAAGAUUGAGCGUGAGAACCAUAUGAAGAUGAAGAAAGCUCUGCAGACGAGGAAGGAACAAUUGGAUAAUGUGAUUAAGAAGCAGAAAGAGGCUUUUCCACCAAAGAGAGGAGGCGGAAGCCCUACUGUGCCCUGGAAGAACGUCCGGAGACAACCUGGUCCCCUUGACUGUGACUUUGACUUAAAGGAGGUGGAAAAAGUCAGAAAAAACCUCUCUGAGUGGCUUCAUGUAACCUCCAAUGACUUACUGAGAGAAGACGAUAGAUCAAGCAACGAAAAAACUAAAAAACAGAAGACGGACAUCCCGUCAAAGGAUGAGCACUCCAGCCCACUCCGACUUCAAGACUUGGCUCCCGUUCCCACCAUGAGCCGAGAAAUCCAGGUCAAGGAUGUUAUCUCCUCGAGAGAUCUGAGUGAUGAUGGCUUACCUUCUCACAAAGCCUCUGACUUCUUCUCUCAGUGUGGAUCCCACCAGGAGCGUCUACGUGCAAUACUGACCACAGCUAAGGACCUGGGUAGGAGGGUUGAGCUGGAGUGUAACAAACUUGGGUCUCCAACCCUUGACCAACACUCACAUGUGUCCUCACCUUCUCCUUGUUCACCUCCACAAAUGACGUCAGCAUCUGGUAAAUAUCCCAUUGUGGAUGAGCCAAUUGAUGGUCAAACUGAGAAACAUCUCCACGUAAAUACAGGGAAGACCCCAGAAGAAAAGGAAUUCAUCUUUCCUACGUCUGUAGACUCUGCUGUGUGCUGGACCAAAGAUGGUACAAAGGUUUCUAUUGGACCUUCUGAGACAUACAAACAUGGCAGGAAGAAAGAAUACACAGAGAAAACCACACCUCAAGCCAAAAGGCUCCAUCCACAAGUUCACAGCGAAAAACCACAGAAAAGUGGUUUCAUCUGUGGAUCUGCCAGCACAAGCCCGCGCAGAGGAAGCAGCCCGAAAUUGCGGAGGGAAACUUCACGGUCACCGCCAAGGCGGAAAACAGCAUCUCCUCGCAAAACAGCACCUCCUCCACACAGCGAAAAGAAGGGGAAGCGAGGAACACCGCAUCAUGAGGGAUCCUCCUCCUCUCCAGGCAGACGGAUGGAGAUAGCGCCCCGAAUACAAGCUCAGCUUCAGCAACAAGAAAAGGACCUGGCUGCACUGAGGCUGAGAGCAGAGACGGAGGCCGCGGAGGCUCAGAGGGGCCUGGAGGAAGUGAUGAGACGUCACCGCCGGCAGGGUCCAGGGCUCGAAACGGGCGGACACCGUCACCACAGCCGUGGUCAAGAAAGUGGAAAUGAUGGGUUUGGAGCUGGAUUAGGCGCAUGUGUGGAAUUGGACCAGCGCGGCGCGGGCAACGUCAGUCCGGUCACUUCGCACGGUACCACGAGUGCGGCACCUACUGAAACAAUAAGCCUGGAGCAUUCCUGGGAUCACACAGAACCGGCCACAGACUCCACCAGCAAGUGGAGUGAGGUUGGCGAGUUUUACGGUUCCCCGAACAUGUUCACGCGUUUCACCCUGGAGAUGUCACAGCAGUAUCUCCGAGAAGAGGAAUUGCGUGCUAGACACCAGACCGCUCUCCUCCGGCUCCGGGAAGAAGCUCUUAAAGAGAAGACCAAGGCAGAAUUGGCCCUGCUAAAUCACCAGAAGAUAUACUGGGAAACGAAGAACGAGCCGAGUAAAUUGGAAGAACUCCAGAGACAGGAGCAUGAAACCCAGAGGAGCCUGAAGCAAGAGCAGGCAGAAAUUAGGCACUUGCACAAUAUCUACAAGGCGGCCCACCGGGAGAGGAAGCUGUUGCUCAGGCAGCAGAGGGAGAUCCUGAGGAUACAGCGGUCUGCGGUCCAAAUCCAGCAGAAAUUGCACAACUCUUGGGUGACACGUCAGGCUUCAGAACCGAUUGACCUUGAUGCUUCCGGACAACAGCCAGGAUACAGGACCCUCCAUGAGUCCACGUUGGCUUCUGAGCACCUGACCCAGGAUACGCAGUCGGCCAUUUCUGACCUCUCCGAGGACGAUGACAUCACAGAAAAGACCCAAACCACAAAGACGUGUCCAUACGUAGUGGCACAGAGGACGGAGGACGCGGGUACGUGUCCCGUUCCAGAGGUCUGUGACCAAUCGCCUCUUAUAGAAAGUGACCCCCAGGGCGGAAAUUCAGCAGAAAAGAAGGUGGAUUAUACUCCAGAUCUCAUUAUUCCAGCAUCAUCAUCACCUCCGGAAUCCAGCGCCUCAAGGAAGUCAUCGAAAGAAGCGGCAGCCAUUUAUUUCUACGAUGGAGCAGCCGCGGGCAGUUCUUCAUCAGGAGAUGGAGCACAAGUGACGGGAUCUCUCCAGAAUAAUCUAAGCCAUCCGUGUCCGACCCGGGAAGACCUGAGCCAGGAGGACGGAGCUCAUGAUGAGAUAGUCUCUGCAAGCAAGAUAGAGGAGCAGACAUUUCUAAAUAUGCAAGACAGGGAGGAACCUGCAGGAGAACCCAGUGAUGAUCUCAGCUUGAAGCAUGAGGAUAAAAAGCGAGAAACUGCAGAAGUCCAGAGCUUGGAAGAACUCGGACAAGAUUCCAGUAUAACACCAGAAACCCAAGAAGCGGAAGGCAGCGACCACUUGGCAACCAAAUCCCUUGAUGAUGACAGUUCUUGCAGUAUUUUGGCUCCUUCCAAAUCAGAAAGCAUCUCCCAGGCACCAGACGUUGGGAAGCUUUCUCCCUCCCUUGCAGAAUUUCAAAAAGUUUCUGCUAAACUCAUUAACAUCUCUGAAAGCUCCGUCUCUGCAUCUGACCGAGGGAAAGCAGGUGAAGACACGGAGAGUGGAGAUUCAGAGGUGUUCGACAUGGAAUCUUCAGAGUUCCCGUCUGGUGGACCAUCAUACACGGAAUUGGUAAAAGGCGAUAUCAUGUCUGAUAAUGACAAGAUGUCUUCUCCAGCAGAACCUCCAGACUCUAGAAAACCAGUCAUUUUGGUCAUGAGAGAGACACAAAGUAAGACUGAAAGGGCUCCAUUGGCAUGUGAAUCCUUCCCAACCUCUGAGGACUUGACAGAAUCUGAUACAAAAACCUACGGUAUAAACCAUUUAGCUGAAAAUCAAGAAGGUAGCGUAGGCAGAAUUACCGGCAUACACAAGUCGACGUCAAUGACUCCGGAAGAGGACGGUAAUGCGGCCAGAAUGGGUUCACCUGACACUAAAGACCAGCAAAGAGUGACAGAAACUAAUGAAAAACAAUCCGUUACGGAAAGUGCAAUCUUCAGGAAAAUUGAGAUGAUGCCACUUCAUGCUACAACUUCAAAAGAUUUAUUUCAGAUUAAAAGCUUUCCACAUCGGAGUGAGGGAGACAUCAUAUUCAUCACGGAUGAAGUUCUCCAACCUAUCGAAGACACCUUGUCAGAAAUCUUGUCUCCAGUUGAUGAAAAGCUUUCCUACGAAAGCGCAGACUUGUAUUCUCCACCACAGGAUCAAAGCGAAGAGCUCCCAUCUCUCCCAAGAGACCAGGGCUCGGUUAAAAGCGGGGACAGUGACACAGAAGACUUCCCCACCCCACCUGAAGAAAUAGCUUUCUCCAUAUCUGAAAGUUUCCAAAGCAGUAGGGAAGCCAGCCUCAUCGAUGAGAUCCAUUUAUUAUAUGAUAGCCUACUUACAGAGGACACUCUCCUUCCACCAGAUGAAAUUAUAAAUACUGAAAAUUCUCCACUUGAGACUGAGAAUUUGAGAAGGUCGCCUGAGAUGGUAAAGCCAUGUAGACCGUUCCUGACAUUAUCCAAACCUGAAGAUGGUGUCCAUGAUCCCCUCUCUACAUUUGAGAUUGGAGACCAGGUAUUAGUCAAGCUUUCGAAACCGGGCACCUUAAUGUUUAAGGGGUUGAUGUCUUUCAAAGUGGGGUAUUGGGCGGGAGUAGCCCUUGAUAAGCCUGAAGGAGACAACGAUGGAACAUAUGAAGGCAUCAGAUAUUUUGAAUGUCCUACGAAUUGUGGAGUGUUUGUCAGACCUAGACAGAUCUCGCUCAUGUUGUUCGAUGACAUGGAUGGAUCUGAUCCACAGAAGGAUGAGGAUGAUGAUUAUUCGUUUGGACCUUCUCCAGGAGCUGGCCCACCCCAUGAUGAGGGUGGUGGAGAUACAAGCAGAAGACAAAUUAGAGAAAGGGAUGAAGAAAAGCAGUCUUCAGAGAAGGACACCAACCAGAACCAGUCAAGGUCAUGCAGUCUGGAAACAUCAGAAAACAUUUCCCCAAGAUGUUUACAUACACACCCUGAAGAACCUGUUGGUGAAAAUGAAAAUCCUGGUCAGACCUUGGGAAUGAAGCAGUUUUGUAGAGGUGACACUAACAAAUUAAUAGUGCCAAACCCUCCGCAGCAUGACAAACACAGAUUGCUUCUAAAGGUUACAGACGAGCUGAUCAGCAGAGUCUUAGGUGAUGCCAUUGAGACAUAUUUUAAAAUAUCUGCCCCCCGGAAGGAGUCAGUGAUGAAUAGGAGCGGGGACGAGGAAGACAGAUGUAUAGUGGCUGGAGAAGGAUUCUACAAUCAGCUCCCAUCAGCGACCAUGCGAGAGGCAGCUGGAUAUGUGGACACGUUAGUGACUGAUGUUAUAAAUGACUGCAUUAAAGAAUAUAAGAAAAUAAGAAGGAAGAAAGGACGAGAACAUAUACAUUGGUCUUCCAGGAGUCUCACUAGCCCUUUCCUGGUAUCAGGUGAGGACAUGACACCAGCGUUACCGCUCUUUACUGAUGGGAUCUUUGAGAAUCUGGUGAAAGAUUCCCUUCAGGUGAUUGUGAAUAUAAAUGUCAGCAGAGCUGAUCAGCGGCCGCCACCAAGAGUAGACGCUGUUCCCGCCAGGUGGGUGAAGAAACUCACGAGGGCGGACAUCCCAUAAGCAGUGCACCAGACGGUGGAGACAUCCUGAUGCUCUACGACGUGACCGACCCGCGGGAUGAUUCAUAUUUCUGAUGUGUGUUGGGUGAUUUUUCUCCUUAUUUGCACUGUAAUUAAUGUGAUCAUUAUUUAUACUCAGGAUGAGAAAACUCUGAAACUCUGGCUUCUUUCUUACAAAAACGGCGCCACACCAGUCUGCAGGCCAUGGGCGGUACUGCAGCUCAGCUCCAUUCACUUCAUUGGUGCUGAUCUACCAUACCAGGCACAGCCUAUGGGCAGGCGUGGCAUAUAUUUAUUUUUUUAGACAGAUGAACUUUUUUACAUUUCAGGGCUUUUUUUUAUUUAUAUAUGUAAAAAUCACCAUACAAAUUUGUAGUGAAUAAAAAAAAUAAUAAUAAUUUUUUACUUUUUCUUGCCCUCCACAACGGCUGGUGCUUACACAGGGAGAUCACAGCCUAUGUUUGUGAAGGGUAUGCUUUAGGGAGCCAUUUUUUGGGCUCCUGCCAACAAGUCAUGUUGGGGUUUAUUCACGAGACUUUUUUUUUUUGGGCUGUGUACUCAAAACCGCAUCAAAAACGACAUUGGAAACUGUAUUUAGCCUUUUGAUGCAGUUCUGAAUGUGGUGUUUAGAAAAAAAAUAAAAAAUUCUCAUGUAAAUGGACCCUAAAGCCUCAGCCCCAACUCAGAUCCCGAAUGUUCAGUCUGACCCGGAGUCACCAGGUAAAUCUGGAUUUCGGGCCUGUAC